CAACAUACCCGUUACUUAUCCCGUAUUAUGGAAUAUAGCGAGGACAUUUUUAAUUUCCUUUCCAUCGUCAUACCUAGUGGAAAGGGGGUUCAGCGCUGUUACCAAUCUCCUAAUCAAUAGCCGAGGAGAUUUAAGAUUAACCCUUACAAAAUUGACGCCAAAUGUUGAUAAUUUAUUGUUAAAGCAUCAGGUUCACCCUUCUCACUAAAAAUAUUGAC